GGUGCAAAUCUGGGCUGUUUACUAACGGCUGGUCGGGUUGUAAUUAAAAAUGUCGUCUAUCAAGACGGAAUAGAGCUUCUUGUUUAGCUUUCGAGUUCGACUAUACAGUAUAGAAAGCAAAUGCAGCGUUGUUGGUUAAUUUUGGCGGCGAUAUGAAAUGAGUAAAUCACGUGACUUUAACCCAGCGUCGCCAAACUGAGUGAGGUGAUGGCCGAGGCCCCACGAUGGAUUAGCCUCCUGUUCGCGGUGUGUCGCUACAUUGUGCCCAGUGAUUCCAGGGAAACCAGACACACCACAAUCCUGACUAGGACAAAUCCGGUGGUGAAACUUGAGAUUUAAAUGGAAAAUGAAAUGAAAGGAUGGUGCCAUGGACUUGCUAAAGGAACUGAAGAACAUGAAAAUGUCACUGGAGACGUUGCAGUCCACAAGGAUCGGCAUGUCCGUGAACGCAGUGAGGAAGCAGAGUUCGGAUGAGGAGGUGCAGACUUUGGCCAAGUCGCUCAUCAAGACCUGGAAAAAACUGCUUGAUAGUCCUGAGGGCAAAUCCGAGGAGAAGAAAAAGGGACUGCCUCCACUUCAAACAUCUAUUGAUAGCCCUGGAUCCAGUGACAUCAGUAAGAAACCAGAGGCACCAAUGACUCCCACCACCCCGACAACCCCCAAGAUCACUUCAUUUCCCCCUCCCCCAGUUACCACUGACAGCGUACGCAAUAAAUGCAGAGAGCUUCUCGUCUCAGCCCUGCAAACGGAUGAUGACUACAAAACUAUUGGUGCAGAUUGUGAGGCCUUGGCAGCAGAGAUUGAAGAUUGCAUCUUCAAGGAGUACAAAUCCACCGAUAUGAAGUAUAAGUCAAGGCUGAGAAGUCGCAUUUCCAACCUGAAAGAUCAAAAGAACCCGGACCUGCGCCGAAAUGUCCUGUGUGGUAACAUCAGCCCCAAUAGCAUUGCCACCAUGACCGCAGAGGAAAUGGCAAGUGCCGAGCUAAAAGAGAUGAGGAAGGCUCUGACCAAAGAAUCCAUCCGCGAGCACCAACUCUCUAAAGUAGGCGGCACCGAGACCGACAUGUUCGUCUGUGGAAAGUGCAAGGGCAAGAGCUGCACCUACACGCAGGUCCAGACUCGCAGUGCUGAUGAACCCAUGACCACUUUUGUGUUGUGUAACUUGUGUGGCAACCGGUGGAAGUUUUGUUAAACAUCUGGAUUCUUCAUGUAAUAAAGUGACAUUGUGAGUUUAUUAAACAAUACAUUUUAUACUCAUUUCACAGCUUUGUAAUAUAUUUAGCGUGCAUAUUGCUAUAUAUGUGGGCAAAAGAUUCGAUGUAAAUUAUUUUAUAUAAUUUUUUUUCACCUUUAUGUGCUGGGUAUGUACUAAGCCUUCGAGCUUUAGCUUACUCAUUAUCGCUUUUGCCCCAAUUGAAGCACUUUGUGCCUUUUUUGCGCUUUAAGAUUUGUAUAAAUUCUGCUGAUGGAUUACGAUGUGUGAAAGUGUAUCGUAGAUGUGCAUAUUCCUACUAUGCAUUUGUUUUGAUUUCAGCUAACACUUUAUUUGGAGUGUUCUUUGUAGAUGUAAAUGAUUUUCCACUAACUUCAAUCAACGAACUAUGAAUUUCCAGUCGACUGAUGUUGAUGUACGAACAGCUGUAAUCAUGAGAAAUAGAAAUGUAUAUUUUGUCAGCUGACUUCACUAGAAAUCAGAAGGUACUGAUCAUCUAUAGGUGGCCUUUUGGAUAAAGCAUGUCUUAUUUUUUUUUUUUUUAUUAUUAUUAUUUUUUUUCCUUGUUUAAAAAAUGUGUAAUCUUCUUUUCCAGAGGGUUAAAGAAUUGUAAAGUAUUGUAGCACUUGAAUGUUCUGUUUAGCAUUCCUUACGCAGACGGUUAGAAAAGUGACUUUGAUUGCUUCAAUUUUUCAUGUAUGGAUUUUGUGGACCUCAUCGGUCUCAUUAAAUCGAAGAAAUGCAGAGUU